AUGGCCCAAAAAACCCUUCAAGUAGGGGUUAUCGGCGGCGGCGACGUUGCUCAAAUAGUACAUCUGCCAACCUUCAUGUUUCUGUCGAGCUACUACAAAGUCACGAAAAUCUGUGAUGUAUCUAGAAAAACAGCAGACCACUGUGCUACCAAGUUUGGCAUUCCUCACGCAACCACCAAUCCCGCAGACAUUUUCAACGAUGCCAACAUCGACGUCGUAGUGGUGCUCACAUCGGACGAGUACCAUGCCCCUUAUACCAUUGAAGCUCUUCAGAAAGGGAAAACCGUACUUGUCGAGAAACCCAUUACGCUGAGUUUGCAAGCUGCUCAGGAGAUCAUUGAUGCAGAACGUUCUGCACCCAACGGAGCACGAGUCUUUGUCGGAUAUAUGCGUCGGUAUGCGCCGAGUCUGCAGGCAUUCAAACGCGAAGUAGCUUCUAUCGAAAGUAUCAAGUAUGCUCGCGUUCGGGACAUUAUCGGGCCCAAUUCUUAUUUUAUCUCGCAGUCGGGGACAGAGCCAAAGAAAUAUUAUGACGACAUUGAUCCUGCGGCCUCCCAAGACAGGAAAACACGCCUGGAAAAGUUGCUUGAACAGGCAUGGGGGGUUCCAUUUGCGGAUCUCAGUGCAGAGCAAAUGGACUAUUGCUGUCUUUUGGCCAAUCUUGGAAGCCAUGGGCUUAGUGUGAUGAGAGAAGUUCUAGGCGGGCUCCCCGAAGAAGUAUUAGCCUCCACCGAUAAUUCCAGAUGGUAUACGACAAUGUUUGAGUUCAAAAAUCAAAAAUCUCCACAUGACAGAUUUACCUGUUUGUAUGAGACUGGAAUCGAUUCUGUGCCACGAUUUGACUCUCACGUUGCCGUCUUUGGGGAAAGGAAGAGUGUGAAGAUUUGCUAUGAUACACCUUUUGUCAAGGGCCUUGGGAUCACAGUGGAAGUUGAGGAAUUAAAUGAACACGGGGAAAAGUGUCACAGGUCCAUCCAAACAUCAUAUGAGGAUGCGUAUACAGCAGAGCUGAAAGAGCUGUAUUGGUGCGUAGUUGACGGAAAGCCGAUCAAAACCAACGCACUGGAUGCCUUGGAUGAUUUAAAGUUAUUCAAGAUGAUGAUGUGCAAAUACCCAGAGUAUAAAAGAGGUUUACAUGGAAAAGGCUCCAAUCAAACUGGCUUUUUGCCAUCUGGUCCUUGA